UUGUAGGCCCCUCUUUUUUGUAUUGAAUUAUUGCUCUUUCGGCAUGUUCUCCCCUUAAAUAAAUGUUGCAGUGCUAAUAUGCUAAUAUAUUCCUAUAUAUCGUUUACCCAAACAUAUAAUAAAAAGCAACACUUUUGAUCUUGUAAGAAUUUGAUCCAAAGAUUCAUAUAUCGUCAUGUCUUCUUCAAGGAACUCUUUCAUGAAUGUUCUUAGUAUGAAUGGAGGAGAUGGAGAGCACAGCUAUUCUAGUAAUUCUGAUAAUCAGAGAAAUGUUAUCUCUAAGACACGACCGAUGGUGGAAGAGAACAUCAAAGAAAUGUUACUUAACUUAAAUUAUCCUGAUUGCAUCAAAGUGUCAGAUUUAGGAUGUUCUUCAGGACAAAACACGUUUGUGGUGAUGUUGGAAAUCGUCAACACGGUCACAGGAUCGUACCAACAAAAACAAAAAAACCUACCAGAGAUUGAUUAUUGCCUAAACGAUCUUCCACAAAACGACUUUAACACAACUUUCAGGCUGAUCCCUUCCUUUGAUAAAGAGGUUAAAGGAAAGUGUUUCAUAUCUGGAACCCCAGGCUCCUUCUACACAAGACUCUUUCCAAAAAAAUCUCUCCAUUUUCUUCAUUCAUCUUAUAGUAUUAUGUGGCUUUCUAAGGUUCCUCAAGGACUUGAAGAUAACAAGAAUAACGUGUACAUUAGAAGUGGAUGUCCUAUAAACGUGUGCAAGAGUUAUAUGAAUCAAUUCCAAAAUGAUUUCUACUUAUUCUUGAGAUUGCGUUCUGAAGAGAUGUUGCCUAACGGACGCAUGGUUCUCACGUUCAUAGGAGCAAAUGAUGUGGAUCCUUUAUGCAGAGGCGAUUUCUACCUUUGGUCCUUGCUAUCUGAUGCACUUAUCGACCUAGUUUCGGAGCGGGUCGUGAAACAAUCAGAAGUGGAGUCAUUCAACUUACCGUUCUACAAUCCGAACGAAAGAGAGGUUAUUAAGAUUGUCCAAAAUGAAGGCUCCUUUGAGAUUAACAAGAUAGGGACACAUGAGCAUCUUGUUUCCUACAAAACUGAUGAAGAAGAAGAUGAUGACCAAUCACAUGGAAUCAAAGUUGGGAGAAAGAUGGCAAAUAGAGCACGAUCCAUCGCGGAACCAAUGCUUAUUGCUCAUUUUGGUGAUACCUCUAUCAUUAACCACCUCUUCAAGAAAUUUGCACACCAUGCAACCCAAAAAUAUAGCUUUUCCAGCCCAACAACGUUCAACAUUAUCAUGUCUUUGAUUAAGAAAUAAAAUCAUAUCUGUAAUGAAUUAAGAUUUUUUUUUUAAUAAAGAGUUUAUUAUUUAGAUGCGAGAAGAAAAAAAAAAACAAUACAGCCCAGCCAAUGUUCUUAAAGACGAGCCCAUAAUUCAUUUAUAUUGGUAAAGUUUUUAAUGAAAUAAAGGUUUUGAUUUCACA